AAUGCGUCCAAUAUGCGCGCAGUAUCCGCACCAUCAGCAUAAAUCUAUUAAAAGUCGCCGUGUGCGCAACCUUUAGACUUUUUUCUCUAAAAUAAAGUAUCAAAAUUUUUCUAUAUCACAACUACUCGAUAAACUCAACAAACAAGUGUUUGAAAAUGAUCUUAUCAUCAGUGCGCUUCAUUUAUUUAUCAUAGCAUAAAUAUAAAAAAUCGUGUGCCGCAGCAAUUCUCAGUAUUUCCUUGGACAUGUCGAAGAAUCCAACAUCGCUGCGAAAGCGCCCCAAAAACGCGCAGGCCCCCCAGUCGGACCCCUCGGAAAAUGGCAAAUCGAAAUUCCUCCGGCCCAUGGAGACCUCCCAUUUUGUGGGGGUGCUGGGCCUGAUGUUGGUGGUCUUCGCUGCGGUCAUCGUCAUCGAGAAACAGCUCCCCACGCCUCUGAAAAUCGCAGACGAAGCCAAAAAUCCCGAUAGAUUCAUAGCCGAAAGGGCACACAAUGUUCUGAAGAAGCUCACGAAGAUCGGGCCCCGCAUUGCCGGGAGCUACGCCAACGAGGUGACGGCGGUGCAGCUCCUCAAAGGCGCGGUGCAGGAAAUUAUCGAUAAUGCUCACGAAAACCACGUUAUUGAACUGGAUGUUCAAAAGGCGAGCGGGGAUUUUAAUUUGGAGUUUCUCGAUGGCAUGACUAACGUCUACAGGGAUGUGCAGAACGUCGUGGUGAAGGUGUCUUCAAAGAUUAAAUCGCCUCAUAGUCUUCUGAUCAAUUGUCAUUUCGAUUCAGUGGUUGAUAGUCCCGGUGGCAGCGACGAUGGUGCUGGCUGCGCCGUGAUGCUCGAAAUUCUCCGUGUGUUAUCAAAAUCGCCGAAAAUUCUUCGUCACAACAUAAUUUUUCUCUUUAACGGAGGCGAAGAAAACUUCAUGCCGGCCUCGCACGGCUUUAUAACGCAGCACAAAUGGGCCAGCGAGGUUAGGACUUUUAUAAAUUUGGAAGCGUGUGGGGCCGGCGGCAGAGAGGUCCUAUUCCAAGCUGGUCCUAACCAUCCGUGGAUCCUCGAAACCUACUCCGAAGAAGUGCCUUAUCCGUACGCGUCAUCCUUGGCCCAAGAGAUAUUCCAGAGCGGAGUCAUUCCUGGAGACACUGAUUACCGAAUCUUCCGAGAUUUUGGAAACGUGUCCGGUUUGGACUUUGCCUGGUCGGCCAAUGGUUACGUCUACCAUACAAAAUUCGAUUCGAUUGAACAUAUCCCAUUGGGUUCGUUGCAAAGAACCGGAGAUAAUAUUCUAGCUUUGGCCAAGGGAAUGGCCCAGGGACACCAAUUGUCCGAAGUUGACAAGUAUAGGGCCGGAAACUUGGUGUUUUUUGACUUUUUGGGUGCUUUUGUUGUACGGUGGCCGAUGAUUGUGGCCGAUCUUAUUAAUCUCUCGACUGUGAUAUUUUCAUUGUUUUCCAUUUACGAAAACAUACAAAGUGCGAAGAAAAGUGAUGACUUAACAACACGACAAUAUUUCGUAAAGUUGUCCGGAUGCAUGUCAAUCAUUGUUGGUUCGUGGGUUGCCUCGAUUAUCACGUCUCUCCUAAUCGCCGUUUGCUUAAACGCUUUGGGCCGAACGAUGAGUUGGUACGCGCGUCCAUUAUGGAUUUUCUUUUUAUAUGUCAUUCCUACACUCCUAGUUUCGAUGGCAGUACUUCUACUACACUCCAAAUACUAUAACCAUGAUUUAGAAUUAUCUCCAUGGACCCUAUUCCAAUUAUAUUAUGACGCAUAUCAACUAAUAUGGACCAUAAUUCUCGUUUUUGGCGUCAUAGUCCGGGUGCGGUCCAGUUUUAUUGCCAUGAUUUGGGUGUUUUUCGCCUCGUUGGGCAACUUCCUAAAAAGUAGAUUGUUUGGGAAAUGGAGAGAUUCGAAAUGGUUGUUGAUGCAUAUCGGAAUGGUGGGCUUACCCUUCGUCCAAUGUUUUUAUUUGAUAAUAGGGGCCCUGUACCUGUUUAUCCCCAUCAUGGGUCGAGCUGGUGCCGGAAGUUACGCCGAGUUUUUAAUUGCCAUCAUGGUCAGCUUGUUAUUCACCCUCCUCUUCAGUUUCGCCGUCCCUCUAAUCCUUUUGGUGCGAGGCAUCGAACGAAUUUUUAGUCUACUAACAGGACUCUUCCUCCUUUCCUUAGCCAUCCUAAUCCUGACUCCUUUGGGGUUCCCCUAUUCGGGCGAAUCGACCUCACUCGCGCCUCAACGCUUCAUGAUUGCUCAUACGAAACGUACCUUCCAUGACAUCAGCGGUGCAAUAACCAAUGAAAAGUCGGGUUAUUGGAUUGUCGACAUGGACAUUAACAGUCCGCAUACGGUCGAUCGACACGUGCCCGAGAUGGCAGCAGCUGAGUUAGUAGAUCAAGACUGUAAAGAUUAUUUAUAUUGCGGAUUACCGUAUUUAGUUCCUGUUUUAACCAUGUUGUGGAAAACGCAUUGGUUGCCAGGUCCUGAGCCGGAAUUGCGCGUUCCGGUCAGUAUGAAUGUUGUUGGGAAGAGGAGCAUUGAGGGCGGUUUGAGGAUCACUCUUGAAGUGGAUGGUCCCACGCACAUAGAUGUAAUGAUUUCGCCCACCUUGGGGGUGGAAUUGACUCAGUGGAGUUUGAAUAGCAAGAAGCCGUUGGCGGGGCCUUUGUGGAAUGGGAGGAAUACGUAUUUUAUUUAUUACGCGUACGGCCUGAAACGUGUGCCUUUGAGGUUUUCGAUGGAUUUUAAGAUUCCUGCUACACAUUCCGGACCGGUGAUGGACCUGGCCGUCAGUUCCCAGUUUCUCUUCGAACCUGGAAAGAGUACAAAGCAAUUUCGUGAGUUCGUUGCUAAAUUUCCCUCAUGGACAGCCGUCUCGUACUGGACGGCAACGUACGAAUCGUGGAUUAUCUAAUUCGGAUCAUACAAAUCAUUUCUUUACAUGACUUUCGAUUAAAAAAAUAAGACUACAAUUUGUGUUCAAAUCGGAAUAACGUUAAAUCCAGUUUUCUUCGGCAAAAUCGAGCCAUCGUCUGUGCGUACUUACCAUUUUCAACAGUAUUUUAAUUGCUGGUUUUGCCGAAGAAACGACGUUACAGCCAAAGAAUUACUUCAUCUUCGUCGACAUAUCUAGGCGCAUACGUAAUUUGACUUUUAUGGAAUCGUUAUAUUUUUGCCUUGUGCCAAAAAACAACGACAAAUAUUUAGAUGAUUUUAGACUACUAGACGGUCUAAGUGACUUGUUUGCUCAGUUUUAGGGUAUAUUUGAAUGUGGUAGAAUCAAUAGUCAAUUAGUGAAGUUUAUCAAAAAUUCUCGCAUAUUUUUUAAUUCCAAGCCACUUGGUAGGGCUUUGCAAAAAACAAUAACAUUUUUGCAAUAUAUACAAUUAGGUGCAAGAAGCUUCUGUACAUAUCAUAUGGACAUAUUUAUUUGUAAUAGGAAAUUGCGUAGAAAUAAUGAGCUUUAUUCUUAUAAUUUAGGCUUUAUGGCGAUUGUAAAUAAAUCCUUACUCGUUGCAUUGGAAGGACGAAUGAAACGGAAAAAUGAAAAAGCGAUCAACGUAUUUUAAUUUUUUAAACAGUUUAUUGAAAACCACUGAAUGAACAUUAUUGUACAUUAUGGUUGUUACUUAAGCAGUUUGCUUGGAGUUUACAUAACAACUUUUUGGUUUUGUGCUAAUUGAGUUAGCAUUUUCUGACCACAUUUUCUAAUUUCCAACAAGGUUCGUGUCUCGGACACGCUAUGGCUGUUUUUUAAACUUUCCUUUUAUUUAUCAGGUUGUUUGUUAUUAUAAUUUUAAUGUGUAUCAAUGUGAUAUCCUACCGACACCAAAUUUUUAUAUUUACUGUGUGCAUUUUGGUGAUAUGUUUGCGCACUCAUGUUUUGCAUUGUUAAAAUAUAUUAUAUUGUUACCAAAAUAAAUAUCUUAAGAAUUUUUA